AUGCGUAAACGAAUCUUGAAAUAUGAAGAUACUACUGUUAGUUGUGAUAUUAUAUUUGUUGUGAGAGGAAACUCAAACUUCGUUGGUCAUAGAAAACUCGUUAAAAUGUACAACUGUUUAAACGAUGGCAGCCACGCUUUGCAGCCAAAGAAUGACUACGAAUGCAUGUUUUAUGCGAUGUUGACAAAUCCAAACUGUAAAGGUUAUCUCUUUUUUGCGGGCGACGAUAAACUACUCCAUAUGGAAAGAGUAUUACAGAAUGAGCGAGAUAGGAUUUGGUAUGGGAAACGGACGAAUACGAAACGAUUUGAAGUAAGUUUCAGCAAUAGACAUCUUUUCAGUUCAAACGAAAUUGCCUGUUGCAAGGAUGCGUUUCAAGAUCUUGCAUUGCUUAUUCACAAUGGGUUUAACAAUUAUAAGAAACAGUUGAAUUCAUCGUGGCAAAAACCAUGGAACGCAGAAAUUGCCUUGAAUGCUCUAUUGUGGAAUGGAAAGGGUAAAUUUGUUUGUUUCUACGAGGAUGUAGAAAUGUUUUAUGUUCCAGUGAAAUAUAGGAAGGUUUUUCUUGGCGUAGCUAGUAUCUUUAGUAAGGUUAAAAUGCCGAAUGUUAUUGCUGUACCGACAAUAUUAAAAUCUUUAGACUUGGAAAGCACUUUCAUAAAUAUCUCCAAGUGA